AUGAGCAACUAUGUUCAGCUCGAGAAGCUUGGUGAGGGGACGUACGCCACGGUAUACAAGGGCCGUUCUCGGACCAACAACGAGAUCGUGGCUCUGAAGGAGAUCCAUCUCGACGCCGAGGAGGGUACACCUUCCACCGCCAUCCGCGAGAUUUCCCUGAUGAAGGAACUGAAACACGUCAACAUUGUUCGCCUAUACGAUGUCAUCCACACCGAAACGAAACUCGUACUCAUCUUUGAGUACUGCGAGAGGGAUCUGAAGAAAUACAUGGAUGCGCAUGGCGACCGUGGCGCGCUCGACCCACUCACCGUCCGCUCGUUCAUGUACCAGCUCCUCAUGGGCACCGCUUUUUGUCACGAGAACCGUGUUUUGCACCGCGAUCUCAAGCCGCAAAACUUGCUGAUCAAUAAGCGUGGCGAACUCAAGAUCGGCGACUUCGGCCUUGCCCGCGCAUUCGGUGUGCCGGUGAACACUUUCUCGAACGAGGUCGUUACACUCUGGUAUCGUGCCCCUGAUGUCCUUCUCGGCUCACGCACGUACUCGACCUCCAUCGAUGUUUGGUCUUGUGGAUGCAUCUUCGCCGAGAUGAUUUCUGGUGUCCCUCUCUUCCGUGGUCGUGACAAUGCCGACCAACUGCUGCAUAUUAUGCGCAUCCUAGGUACGCCAGACGAGCGUGUUUUCCGUAAGAUGGCUGCGGAAUCGCCGGAGAUCACGGUCAAACAGUACCCACGGUACCCGAAAAUCCCCUGGAAUCAGGUCCUUCCGAAAGCAUCUGAGUUGGCACUUGAUCUCCUGGAUCAGCUCCUCCAGUUUGACCCAGCGAAGCGUAUCAGCGCCGCGGCGGCGCUUAAUCACCCAUACUUCCAUUCAGCCAGUACCGGCCCGAACAUCGCAUCAUCAGUACCUGCAACACUUCCGUACCCUGGACCUCAGCCUGGGUAUGCCCAAGCUCAUGGCGCUUAUCCCCAAGCCCAGCCCAUGAACAUGGGAUACGCCUCGCAGCCUGGUGUUGUACCGCAGCUGCAGCCGCAGCAUCCUCAGGCUGCAUAUGGGCAGCCACCCGCGUACGGGUACGCCCGAUAA